AUGGCUCAAAGGCCACUUGGCCGCCAAGAAUUCUCAAGGGCGACAAUGGUUGAAAUUGGAGUUUCUCAGCAGUGGGGCAUGGCACCUGGAGAGCUCGACCACAAGACGAUUGCCAUAUGGGCCGCGAUGCCAGGAGUCGAAUAUGUGCUAUGUGUGUCAUUCGAUCCCGACUUUGCGAAUGCCGAAUACAAGCUGUAUGAUGCUCGCGUCCAUCCACUUGUGCAGCUGGCUCCACUUCCAAUCGCCGCUCCAAGCACGGUGAUCCAGUUGGACGGACGUCGAAUCCUUGGUAUUCCGCCACGGAUGGCGCUCCCGGUAGGGUUUCCUGCAACUCUGUCGGUGGAUUUGUACUCUCCAUUGGCCUGGGCAACGCGUUAA